UAUAAUUGGAUUCUGCUCGUUUCACUUGCACUUGUUGCGCUUGGUUCGGAAAUGCGUCUCAAAUUUUGGAUGGACAAGAAAAAUGAGUACAAAAAGUGCAAUUAAAACGGAGCUAUUAUCUAAGAUAAGAUUUUCGAAAUAGAUGUUUUAGUAAACAUAUUAAAGAAAUGAUCGAUAUAGCGAAAUAUUACGAAAAAUAUAGAAAUAUAUGUCGCUAUAAGUCGUCGUCGCAUCGAAUUCGAAUUUUCGAUCGGCGAUAUAAUUAAAUCACGCCGGCAGACCGGAAGCAUCAUUCGGUCUAUCUUUAACCUAAUGCUCCCACUUAUGUAUAUCGAAGGCAUUUCGCCGAAAAUAAACCUUCACGAAUGUGUCACGAAACGUCUGGAUAGUUCUAUGUCGUUUAUAAUACGAGCUAACUCUAGUGUCAUUCUAAGGAUGAGCAAAGUUGAAUCGCGCCGGUGAGAAAAUUUAGAAAAGAAGCGAAUCACACACAUAGUGCUGUAUUCUUAGAAAAAAGCUCGUUCUUUCUAAAAGUUUUCUACAAAAGAGAUAUCUUGUAGUUAUAAAAUGACAAAAUCAGAUAUGACUGCACAAGAGUGGAAGGAGAAAGGUAACGAAGAAUUUAACAAAGGCAACUGGUCAGAGGCAUUAGAUUGCUAUACAAAUGCACUGAACUUAGUAAAGGAAGAUAAUGCUGAGAAAGCGAUAUACUAUAAAAAUCGAGCUGCCGCUUAUUUAAAAUUACUUGAUUAUGAGAAAGUGAUCAAGGACUGUGAUAAUGCGUUAAAGAUAUGUUCUAACGAUCCCAAGGCCUUAUUUCGUAGAUGUCAGGCACUUGAAGCAUUGGAGAGGUUUGAAGAGGCAUAUCGAGAUGCAAGAAAUAUUAUUUUAUCUGAUCCCAAUAAUAAAUCUAUUCAGCCUAUAGCAGCACGUUUACAUGAAAUUGUACAAGAACGACAUAAAGAAAUGUCACGUAUUAGUGCCAAAGUAUCACAAAUGCUAGACCUAGCCUUUAACAUGAGCAUGGAUAAAGAGAAGCGUGAAACUGCUAUGAAUAAUUUACUUGUGCUUGCACGUGAGAGGGCUGGUGCAGAAGAGAUUUUCAAACAAAAAGGUGUAUCUAAAAUAACAAAAUUUGUGAAAGUGGGAGAGGACGGGGAAAUAAUCUGCAGUGCAAUCCGUAUUAUAGGCGAAUUAUGUAAAAAUAAUAUUAAUCAAACUGAAUCUAUUAUAAGAGAUAUCGGUUUGCCUUGGUUUUUGGAAAUGAUAAACAGUAAGCUUGCAGAGAGAGUCAAUGCAUCUCAAUACUGUUUACAGACUGUAUUGAAUACUUAUAGUGGUAUGGAGAAUAAGCCUGAUUCAAAACCUGACAAGACUUUAUGCGAGGCGCAUAAGAAAGAAAUAGACACAAUUCUAUCAUGCCUAUUGUACAGCGUAACAAAUAGAACAAUAACAGGUCUUGCGAGAGAUGCAAUAAUAGAACUUAUUAUGCGUAAUAUUCAUUACACUGCAUUAGACUGGGCCGAACGAUUGGUCGAACUUCGCGGUUUGCAAAGAUUGAUGGAAGUAGCUAGUGAAAUGGAGGAAUACAAGUAUGAAUCCUCAAUGGACAUUACAUCUUCUACACGAACUAUAACCAGUGUAUGUUUGGCUAGAAUAUACGAGAACAUGUACUAUGAUGCUGCUAAGGACCGAUUUAGAAAUGCCAUUGAAGAAUUUAUUAAAGAUAAAUUACUUACACCCGAUAUAGAAUCGAAGGUUCGUAUAGUAGUUGCGAUAACGACUUUAUUGAUGGGCCCGAUAGAUGUUGGAAAUACAAUUGUAGCUAAAGAAGGGAUUCUGGAAAUGAUCCUCGUUAUGGCAGGGACGGAUGAUUUAUUGCAGCAGAAAGUCGCUUGUGAAUGUAUCGUUGCUAUCGCGUCCAAAAAAGACAAGGCCACCGCGAUCAUAAAUCAAGGUGUAAAUAUAUUAAAGAAGCUGUAUCAGUCUAAGGAUGACUCAAUCCGCGUCCGAGCAUUAGUGGGAUUGUGUAAGUUAGGAAGUUCGGGAGGCACAGAUGCGACUAUCAGGCCGUUUGCGGACGGAGCAACGAAAAAAUUGGCUGAGGCCUGCAGACGAUUCUUGAUUAAUCCCAAGAAGGAAAAGGAUAUGAGAAAAUGGGCUAUAGAGGGUUUAUCAUAUCUCACUUUCGACGCCGAAGUCAAGGAAAAAUUAAUAGAAGAUCAACAGGCUAUUCAAGCUAUGAUCGAGCUCGCCAAAACUGGCGAUCAGUCUGUUCUUUAUGGCGUGGUCACAACAUUGGUGAACUUGUGCAAUGCUUAUGACAAGCAAGAGCUCAUACCCGAAAUGGUUGAGUUGGCAAAAUUCGCGAAACAUCAUAUUCCCGAAGAACACGAACUAGAUGAGGUCGACUUUGUGAAUAAGAGAUUAUGCACGUUAACUAAGGCUGGUGUAACCACUGCUCUAGUCAGCCUCGCUAAAACGGACAGCCAAAAUAGCAGGGAAUUGAUAGCGCGCGUUUUUAAUGCGAUAUGCAGUCAACAAGAAGUGAGAGGAAUAAUCGUUCAACAGGGUGCUGCGAAGGCUUUAUUACCGUUAGCGUUAGAUAACACGGACAAGGGAAAAAAGCAAGCCUCGCAAGCUCUGGCUCGUUUAGGAAUCACGAUAAACCCCGAGGUCGCGUUUCCUGGGCAGAGAAUAAUGGAGGUCGUUCGACCAUUUAUAAAUCUCCUGAAUCCAGAGUGUUCUGCUCUCGAGAAUUUCGAAAGUCUAAUGGCUCUGUGCAAUCUAGCUGGCGUCAGUGACAGCGUGCGAAAACGUAUACUGAAGGAAGGAGGAUUCCAGAAAAUCGAGGCCUAUAUGUACGAAGAGCACGACAUGCUGAGGCGCGCGGCCACGCAAGUAAUGAAUAAUUUGGUAAUGUGUGAGGAGACAAUCCGAUAUUACGAACAAGAAAAUGACCGAAUUAAGUAUCUUGUAAUACUGUGCGAAGAUGAGGAUCAAGAUACUAGUAUUGCAGCGGCUGGAGCUCUGGCGAUGCUAACAUCAGCUAGCAAAAAGACUUGCGAAAAGAUUUUUGAUUCAAAAGAUUGGCUGGAGUCUCUACACUUCUUGCUCGCCAAUCCAAAUUGUGAUGUACAACAUAGGGGUGUCGUAAUUGUGCUGAACAUGAUAAAAAGCACAAAGGAGGUCGCUGCGAAACUUAUUGAAACGGAUAUAAUGGAAAUAUUGAUGGCAUUGAGUAAAAACGAUAAUAUACAAAACAAAAAAAUCAGAGAAUUGGCAUCUACUGCUUUGGAUGCUGCUGCCAAAUGGAAAUUGAUCAAGAAAAACGUUGAUGAAAACGAAUCGUCAGAAAGCACUAGUAAUAUUGAACAUGUCGAUUAAACAAAUCAUAUAUGAAUAUAUUGACCUCAAUUCUAAUCUAAAUGUCACAAACUUGUCAAGUCAAGUGACAUUUCUAUUUAUUGUUAAAAAUAUAUGACAAUAUAUGCAACCAAAGACUUCACAAAUUUUAAAUUUGCUCAUUACAUCUUAAGAUAAAUAUUAUUAAAAGAAGAUUUUAACAAAUUUAAUAUCAAAUUAUAAAAAUGGUGCUAAUAAAAAAUUAAUUAUGCGAGUUGUACAAUCUGAAUUACUGUAUAUAUUAUGAAAACUGUGUAUCAAAGUUCAUAAAAUCGCAUCACACACACACAUACACAAAGAAACAGCUAUACAAUAUUCUAAACUUACUUGCAGAACAAAUUGUUGACCUGGCAAUGAACGAUACACAGUGAUGUUUGUAGAAAGAUCUCCAAGUCAUUUGUAGGAUCCUCACUAAUAGUCAUCUGCACACUCUCAGUAGUUAUCAUCUGUGUACAUAUAUACAUACAUUAGAAUUAAUUUUUGUCAAAAAUUAUUUUCAAAAAAAUUAAUAUCUUAUUAUUUUUGGUACAUAUGUUGAUGAAACAAAGUGGAGAAAUUUUAUACAUGCUAUCUUUGUUUCUGGCGUAAAAAUUAUCUAGAUUUCACAUUUAAAGUAAGAGUAAAAAUUAUCAAAAUGUUAAAAGAGAAUGUUGGAAUAGGAAAAAGAAAAACUUUCUGCAUUACCCUUUUAUUAAACAUACAUCUGUUUUAACGAAAUUAAAAUAUACGUGCAACUUUUCAAAAGACAAACAUCCAUCAAAUUUAUCAAAAGUCUAUGAAGUCUUUAAUGUAAAAACUCGAGAAUAUUUAAUUUAUUAAAAAAUAUAUAAGAAAUAAAUGAAAAUUUAGAUUAUAUAUAUUGUUUAUUUUAUUCUGUGUUUAAUAAUUUUGAUUUAUAAUCAAUGUUGUAGUGAAGUUAAAAUAAUAAUACUAAUCAUUCAACAAAUUUGGAGAUGGUUACUAAAAUCUACAGUAUUACAAGCAAAUAUAAUGCAAAACUUAAAGAAGAUCAAAAAUUAUUUAUAAAAUAUAUACAUUUAUGUAAAGUU